AUGUGGCGAGUCGUGUGGUUCACGCUGACCCUGGUGCUGAGAGCGGCGGUGCAGAGCGAAGUACAGGCGCAGAACAGCAAAUCUCAUGCGGCAGUUGUUCAAGCCAAGAGCGGCCUCACGAAGGAGGAUGUGAUCGCGGCCAUUAACCAGCCUCCACCCGCCUCGCUCUCUCUGUCCUCUCCCCAGCUCUGGCGGAACACGGUAACGUCCAACACCCGCACCUGGAGCAAGUCUCCGGAUGGUGCAGUGAGGAUUCCUUACGAGAUCUCGCCGCAGUAUGAUGAGCAGACCUGCAGUGCCAUCCAACGAGGCUUCAAGGACUUUGAGAAGUUCACCUGCAUCCGAUUUGUAGCUCGCACUAACGAGGAGGACUUCAUCUCUAUUCAGCCGGUUCACGGGUGCUAUGCGUCAGUGGGUCGGGCGGGUGGCAUGCAGCUCGUAUCGCUGAGCCAGCCGUGCCUGGCGAAGGGGAAGGGUGUUGUUGAGCACGAGAUCAUGCACUCGCUGGGCUUCUGGCAUGAGCACGCCCGCAGCGACCGUGAUAAAUACAUCAAGAUCGAGUGGAAGAACGUGUGGCCUGGUUAUGAACAUAAUUUCCUGAAGCAAAACACUAAUAAUUUGAAGACCAAGUAUGAUUAUGGCUCCAUCUUGCACUACAGCAGGUCGGCGUUUUCCAGGAACGGGCAGCCGACACUGACACCGGUGGGACAGCCGGGCCGGGGCACGGUGAUCGGCCAGAGACACCGGCUGAGUCAGCUCGACCUGCUCAAGGUGAACCGGCUGUACAACUGCACGGCACAGCUCGGCCACGCUAAACGUGAGGCCGCCGGCAAGCCGUGCUUGUGACAUAACGUGGCUCACAACAACGUGGGCUGGUUCUGCCCUGCCGACCCCGGGCCAUCGCUUCACACCGACUGUCCGUGACUGCGGCCGUGGUCACACCCAACCCUCGGGCUGGAUCUCAUCCGUGUUUCUGCUUCGUGUUGUGGGCCAAGUCUCCCGGGGUUUAAACCAGACCUGGGGGGGGGGGUUGGUUUUCUUGUUUUCUUGAAGGGACUUUGUUUUAAAGGAGACUGUGAAAGUGAAUAACUGAUAGUUUGCACAGAUAACUUUAAAUGACGCGUGUUCCUGAAUCAGACGGGAAAGUGUCCCCUCUGUGUGGAUCUCCAUUAGUUCCGAAUUAAAACCAUUU